AUGGAUGUUGCUUGGAUGUUCCAACAAUGGGAUGGAAAUAAUGAUGAUACAGAUCCUGGAAACGACGGUAUUAUAACACUGGAUGAAUGGUGUGAUUGUUUUGCUUGGAUUCACGAUAGUAGGCAUGAACCACCCUGCCAUAUUGCAAAGCAUCGUGAUGACCCUCAUCUAUUUGUUUUAGGAGUUUUUCAUCCACAGUGUACGCUAGAAGGCUACUACAAAUCCGAACAAUGUCAUAAUAAUUGGUGUUGGUGCGUCGAUAAAUAUGGUCGAGAAUUCGACAAUUCAAGGGUCCACGAUCAACUGCCUGAUUGUGGACAAUAUGGUGAGAAUUAA